GGUGCUAAAUGGAAUAAAAGAAACGAAAAACAAGGAAGAAAUUACUAAGGCUAUUGUGCGUGCAUUUAGUAGUGUGUGUGUGAGUGUGUGUGUGUGUGUCGGCCAGUGGAGUAGUAGAGGUGAUGGAUGGCAGUCGUUUCAUCCUGCGGGAAACUUGAAGGAAAAAGGUCUUCCCCCAGACCACUCGACCACGGGAGCAGCUGCUGCUGGUGCCGCAGGAGUAAAAGUUUAGCAGCAACGGCCUGGGCGCAGGCUGGGCAAACGGGCCCCAGUUGUCUGCGGUAUCCGGCUUUGGCAACCGGACCAGUAUCCUGUACGGUGAUGGGGGAGGGCCCCCUGACGGGAGAUGCAACCACCCCAACGUUACAUACCGUCAGUUUCUGAUUUAUACGGUACGGACGAAAUAGAGUUCCUCCUGGACGAAAUACGGGAUCUCGAACCAGCCUGCUGUCAGCUGGAGGACAUCCAGGACUUUGAAAUAGCUGGCAGCAGAGCAGGGGAGCUUUCCAUAUCGCUCGAAUCACCGAUCGGCACGUGCACGUCCUGGGAUUCGCAUGCACAUUACCGUCAAAGGAUAGGGAACACACCGUUACCGUGGGGCGUUGCGCUGCACUGCGACGCCUCACAUCUUACCAGCCCGACCGGCAUCGUGCGGAUACUGCUGGUGGUCUCAUCCGCCGCAUGUCUUGCCUGUGAGUGUUCCGCCGGCACGGUACAGGUCGGUCUGUUUCUACUGCCAUUGAUUGGACGAUUGCGGUUGAUGGUUUUUUGUGCCCUGUUCUCCUUGUUAGUAACCUGUUUGAUGCUGUUUUUGGAUAUCUCACACAUAGCAUUAAUGUUUCCCUUCAACUGGGGAAGGUUGAAUGCAUGGAUGUACCUGACGAUUGGUUUAUUAUUUAUUGUGGGUUCAUCGUUGCUAAUACAUAUGGUAUUUUUCGCUGAAGAAUUCAUGUGGGUGCCAAAGCACUCCAAGGACACACUAUUCAUAUCAGCGAUACUUGGAUAUAUCUGCUCGAUCGAGGCGUGCAUACUGGCGGCACUAACCAAAUGUCCAUCACAGUACCGACACGUGAUCGACGAGUACAGCGACAUGUGCUUGGAGGAGCGCGAACUGAGCCCCAUCUGUAGUAAUGACAUAACGAACCACAACCACACGACGGCUUCGAACGAUCUGUCCAACCAUCGCAGCUAUAAUAAAAUGGAAACGGGUGAUAGCAUUACUCCAACGUGUAACCAAAAACCUUAUAUACCAGUUAAACGUCCCGACCAAUCGUAUAAUCAGCGACCUACCCUAGGUAAUAUGCAGAAAUCUAAUCACCGCAAUCGUCAGGGUUAUCACUAUCAACCAAUAGCCUCAACUUCCCGGCAAAGUCCGACGUUCGUGCUGGACGAGGAUGCACUGCCGGGUCCGUCAUCCCGCUCACUCGACUACUCCAGUGCGUGAUGCUAGCAGCACUGGAACACUGGAACACGUCCCGAACCUUUCACAGAAACACCGAUCGGUGCAAUACACAUCGUGGUGUUAUGGGUUUUUAUCAAAUCAAAUAUCGUACACACGUUGGUUUCUCCGUUUCUAGGGACGUUUGUGUCUGUUAAGUAUUUCCUAUAAGUAUUACAGUACAUAGCAACGCCAAGGAACGGUGUGCUUUCUCAAGCAUAAAGCACCCUUACCUGUGGACACAUUUGAUCGCGCCACCAUGCAAAAGAAUACUCCACUACAACCGACUAUCCGAUGGUGGAAAAAAAAACCCAUUUUACAGACGAUAUAAUGUCGUUAAAUUUUUUCGACCACAUUGACAAAACAAAACGGGUUCGGUGUCACACCGAACACCCGAAAAGGACUACUACGAUAGAGCGUGUUUUAAAGUGCAAUAUUUAAUUGUUCUACCAUCUCGGUAAGCGCACCAGGCACCUGUUAACGAAGAUAAAAGCAAACGACUCUUAAAUAGCCAAGGGUAAAAAAUAUUGGUGCGGGUUUUGCUUCCAGUCAGCUACGUAUACUGACAGACAUUCUAGCAAAUCGAACUAAACACAAUACACACAAAACGCUGUAAAGAAACAAAAACACUAAUUCCCCCCAAAAAAAAACACUAAUUUCGGUACGUUCAAAGAUCCACUAAAGUGAAAAUAGAUUUAGUACCAAUUGUUUUUGACCAUUCGUGUCCAACUAAGUGAUUGUGGUGGUAGUGUCCGAACGGGGUUUUUUUUCGGUUUCUCGAGUAGCAUUGUGAGAUUUUUUGUUUUUCGCUUUCUGCCAUUCUCCCUUUUUGUGCUCCUUCUUCUGCUCUCACUAUUAUGAACAAUCCAUGUAAGGUUACUACGAUUAGAUGAUCAUCCUUGCACACACGUUCGAUUUCGAAUUAUUCGAAUUUGGACUGUAUUCCCCGGUUAGAAAGAGAAAACGCCCCAAAAAAAAUACAAAACAUACUCUAGCGUCCGUCCUUUUUUCAUCCAUACUAAAUGUAGUAGACAGCCAGUGUGCAAAUGAAGAAUGAUAUAUAAAUACAUAUAUUUUUGUACCGACAUCUUUUCUGCAAUGCCCGUUUCAGUUUUGCUGUUCUCCGCUAGAUGGAGCCAGUGCAAAUUGUAGAGAACCGCCGUAGAAGAAUUAAAAAAAAAAAUAGUGCACAUUUUGCUAACCGAAGGAUGAAGGAAACUGACCGAUCGACGACGAAACUGUGUAGUUUCUCUGUGAGAGAUUUGUACUUUUGUUUUUCGACUCAUCUACUACCGACGUAUACUACUCACAUGUAGCAUUUUGCUUAUAGGUGUGGUACCGUUUGCGAAACUUUAGAAACGAUAUCGAUAGUUUUGUGACUUUUCUUCAUUUUAAGUUACAUCAAUCAUUUAGGACAUUUCAUCUUUUCUUUUAUCACUCUCUCUUUCUCUCGCGCGCGCUCUCACUCUCUCUUUCUGCCUAUCUCUCUCUCUCUCUCUCUCUUUCCAUAAUCUGCCGUCCAAUAAAUAAUACACAAGUUGCUGUUAGUAGCUGCAAACGUACCGAUCAUCUUUCGGGCUUUUGUUUCUCUCCCUUUUGCUUAGUAAGAAUUCGCAAAUUGUGCUCGAAUUAUACUUCACAGAUAGAGACGUGAACAUAAGUUUGAAAUUGCAAUAUUUUGUUUUGUUUUAGUACACAAUUACUUAGAGAUUUGAAGACGCACAAUUUCUGAUGAUCCUUGGGACAAUAAUAGAACCGUGAAUGAACCGUCGUCGUUCGCCAUUGGUAUCUCCAAAACGAAUGAUUCGAUUGGAAAAAGAAAUGAUAGACACAAAUUCCAGCAAUACAGAAACCCCAAAUUGAUAAGCAAUAGAUGUUUAUCUCGCUUCGUUGCAUGUUUUAGUGAGUUUUUGUUUUGUUCAUUUGUUCGUUUAGUGUUUAUAUGUUUGCGGUGGAACACACCAAACUAAUAGUGGAAGAAGAGGAGGGAAGAAAAAAAACACUUAUAAUCGACAAUAAUCCACACAACAAAACAAAAGGAAGAUAUACAUCCAGACGCGCGCAUCACAAAACCACUAUAUCACAAGAAGAUUGGACCCGAACAAUACGGGCGACCCAUGUCCAACAAGGUGUCACAGACGGUAGCAUUGUUAAACGUAGCACUGUUCAUAGCACCUCAGUGAAUACUUGAAUGAAACGUAAUAAACACGCCGAGUAAUAAAAACAGAAAUCGCCACAUUCCUACGCCCAUACACGCAGCUUACACGCUUGUCUACUUAAAAUUGUUCUCUUUCUUUCUCUUUCUUCUUGAUCUCUUUUGAUCACUAUCUUUUUCCCAUUUUGAUAGUAAAUAAUUCGUGCAUUAGAUGUGUUUUAUGUUUUUUUUCUCCAGUUUUCAAUUUUCAAUCAGUUUCGAUUCGUUACAAUACUCAGGUUAAUCAAGUGUUCUAGAUGUUGUACUAUAUACGUUGUUUCGGUACAUUAAACCAAAACAAAAAUACCACAAUAAAAAAAAUACUGUUUCUUUCGUUUCGCCCUUUUUUGUUCAAUCACGUCGACACUACCAUAAGGACCAGUAUGCUUAAAUCCUGCAGACUGUUACAUGAGACAAGCAGCUAGUACUAACGCACAAGUGAAUAGUGCACGCACUCUUUGCAGCUACCGAGUAGCAAAUUUCUUAUUUGCCCAUUGUUUAACAGUUGGUCUUACCAUGUUUUCCUCUACAAAUAAGUUAUGAUAAAUGUACCUUUCAUUUAAGCUAUCAUAAUAAUCUAUGCAACGUGUUGCACUGUACUAGAAUUUCUUUAGAGCUUUUUCUUCAGUUCCCUAACACUGUUUUAGUCCAUUAUGUUCAAAGCAAGAAACAUACGAACGCAUUAAGAAAUGUUUAGUCUUUUAGGAAAACGUUUGUAUGUUAUACCCUCCUUAUUAUAAUUAGUCGAAAUUCAACACGUCAACACGAUCUCACGAUCACGUAUAUGAAUGGGGGCGAAGGUUACGCGUUGGGGCACCGUGUCUGACAAGUGUACAUAGUUUAGUUUUUAGAUAGUUUUGCGAGUAAUAAUAAUCGACGAAACGACAAAAUCGCGAUUGCACACAACCACAGAAACACACACACACACAUGACAACAAAAACGACCCCAUUUUGAAGCAUUCCAUGUGCGGUUCAUCGAGAUAAGCAAUUGCAAUUGUGGGGUAUGCGAGAAUGAAAAUAGAUGGUGGUGCCAGUGUGAAACUAAUGAAAUACUGCCAAAGAAUUUUGCUAACGUAGCGAACACCACGCUACGUCAGCGUUUAGUACUAAAGUUGAUAAAUUGUAGCGUGCGCGGGGGCACAACUACCGUGUGGCGUACCGCUAAAGAGCGAAGCAUUUUGAGCGGUAAAGGAAAAAAGUUGUUCACAAAAUCGUAGUAACAAAACGAAGCAAACAAAAACCAAUUGGAAAGGAAUAGAGAAGAUGCUAACGAGCACGUAAUUUAGCCGAAGCAGAUUAAGACAACUAGUAAGCAUUAUAGUAGAUUUUUUAGUAACACGAAUACAGAUAGUACAUUUUUUCGGAGGAUAAAAAAAAGAGAACAAACGGAAGGCAAAAGGCCUCAAUGUGCAAUGUGCACGGGUACAAGUUUAGCAUUUCUGCGAAUGUACGAUCGUUUCUUUUUAGCGUAAAUAAUAAUAAUAAAAAAAAACGUUGAUAAUUUAGAUUUGUUUUUGUUUUGUUUCUUUUUUUUAGACUGGUAGCAAAAGAAGACAAAAUUUAAACGACACGAGUGUAUGUGCGCAAGGAGUGAUAAACGUAAAAACACGGAAAACCCCAAAAAUGAUGAUAUCAGUGCGAUAGUAGCUGUAAACGCUAGGUUGUUAAUUAGAUGAUGUUUUCACCAUUUCCGUUUUAACUGCCAUGCAAUCCAAUUCCGAAUCGGCCAUAGGAAAUAUUUUUACAGGGUAAAACGAGGCAUGUUUCGUUUCGGGUAAUAAAAUAAAUGUGAUUGAAAAGUAUUACUGAAAGAAGCAAACAUAGCAAAAAGAAAAGAAAAAAACGACAACCAGUAAUGGAAAGAAACAAAAAACUUUACAAAACAACAACAACAACAACAAAAUGAUACUUAAAUGCGUAACGGAGCGUAACGAUGUACAUUAGUACAGAGCGUAAAACUGGAAACGACUCAUAAACACAGAAAGAAACACAUUCGGAACGAUUGAGCCAUUGAAGUAGUAUUGUAAAAGCAACUAAUCAUAGGAAUAAUAAACAAAAAAAACCAUAGCCAUUUAUCGAAACGGAAGACGAUGAAAACAGAAAACCAUUUUCGGAAAGGAGUAGUGAAAAGUAAAAGAAGGUAAACGAAAACACAGAAGGAGAAGAAAAGAAAUAAAAAGAAACACAUACACACACAACCAUACUGUAGAUAGAUUUGUUAAACGACAGAGAGCAUUAAAGAUUUAAGCGAAACUAUAAAAACAAUUAACAGACAUAACAGAAAAUCUCAUUCCUACAACAUUGGUGUUGUAUAUAGCAAGCAGAAAUAUUAAUGAAAAUGAUGGUUAAAGCAGCUGGAAAAUGAAAAAAAAAUAUUUAAAAACAAACUGUACAGCGGUACAGCAGCAGAAGGCAGAAGGCAGAAGGCUCAUAACGUACCGUAGAGCGCCGUAAUUGGAUUCAAACCAAAAAAGAAAAGAUCAUUAUUUAAAGAAAAAAAAUCCGACAUAUAACUCACAACUUUGGUAGUUUUUUUUUCUCAAUUAAAAAAACUUGUAACUGGUACAUUGUUUAAUUUAUUUUUAAAAUUUACUUACCUUUUGUUAGGUAAUUCAUAAGAAUUAAAUGCAUACAAUUGGAGAAAUCAUGAAAAGAGAAACAAAAACCCCCCCCCGUUGUUAACCGUUUGACGUCAACCAUGUAACCGAACAUAAUCAUGGCCUGUGGCAUCAAUAUACAAUGUAUCCUUGUGCCGCUGUAUAUUUGGUGGAAAUUCAUUAUGUACGACAGUAAGCAAAAACACACACACACACAAAAAAACAAAUAAACAAACAAAAAUCUCAUAAGCAAUUUGAAAAUGUCGAAGAAGAAAAAAAAACAAAAGAAACACAUAAACAAAAUCAAAACAUUGUGGGAAUGGUGGUGAUCUUGCUUUCGGACACAAACAAAAAAUCCGAAACAACUAAGAAAAACGGUACAGUGAUGAUUGCAAACUCUGGACACCAGGCUGGAUGUUGAAACGAUUUGUUACACACGUUAGUACUUGGUAAACGAUACAGUGGCGAAUGGCGGAAAGCUACAAACAUGCCGAUAGGGACAGUCUAGACAGAAAAGGUAGACGCGCUGUUUGGAGAACCGUGAUAUGUGGAAGCGUUAGUAGUGAAACGAGCAAAACACACUAGCGAACUCAUGAUACAGGACAUAAGAGAAUGGCACCAACAAAACGUAAAAAUGCGAGUAAAAGCAAACAUAACGCAGGUAGAGCAAAACCGAUCGACCGACAAAAAGGGUCGAUCGGGUGUAAGGAACAAAAAAAGAAGAAGACGAAAACAAAAAUGGUUUUUCAAUCAAAUUUAUAUAGGGUGAAGUGCCUAAUGUAUAGACAAUAUAGUUCCCUAUAAAUUCUAGCACCGGAGACACAAGAAACUAGUAACCACACACAUAACUAAAGGAAAACAAAAGCGAAACAAAAUCCACACAUCGACAAAGCUCCGUACUAGUGGUGUCUAUUCCAUUUGCAUUGUUUGUUUCGAUCCGUCGGCUGAGCAGUUUGGCACAACGAGAAUGGAAAAUGAUUGAAUAGAAAAUCGAAAGCAAACCGAAACUAACUUCACACAAGCCAAGCAAAGGGCAAGCGCAAGCUGAAUAAGAAAAUCUUGAUGUAACGUAAGCAUGUGAGUGAGGGCAUAUAUUGUCGUAGGCGUACUAUAUGCGUGAUCCGUUGUUAUCAAACUUUGGAACAAACGGAACAUCCAGCAAAACAACCAAAGCGGGAAGAUUACAACAUUGGUUGGUUCUACCGGUGGGAAUCAGUAGGAACCCCAUUUCUUACCCAUUUCUUUUCCACUCAAACCUUCUUUAUUCGCACCCAACUUUUAAACGAUUGAUAUCAUUAUUAUCACUCACUCGAAAGCACCGGUGUUUACAUUUUUCUUUCCAUUACUCGACACUGUUUUUUGGGCAAAAUUUUGUGCAAAACAGCGAAAGAUCAUUUCACACGUGGUACACCUAUAUAUAUUUUACACAACGAACAUUACGUGUAUCGUGUACCGCUUCGACUUCAAGUGCUCAUCAUACGAUAGAUGUUCGGCUCCCCUUUCAAAUAGACCGUGUUGAGGUUGAGAAAACCCCAAAAAGGAAUGAAGAAUUAUAUUUUUAUCAACAAUAUCACCUACCAUGAGGUUGCGAAGGUUAUGGUUCUGUGGUGUGAAUACACCGGUUGGAUGCUAGCAGCAAACAAACAAAAAUUCAAUCACAGACAGAGAAGCGAAAAUAAAAAAAAAACCGAAGGGAUUCACCUAAUGUCCAAAAAUUAAGAAGGUUCGUUUGUUUUAGAACUCGCAACGAAGAACAGGAACACUAAAACAAAACUCGAAAAUCAUUGUAUAAACGAGAAAAAUAGACAAUUCAUCAUUCCCAAAAUAAAA